AUGAAUGAUAUGGCGGAGAUGAAUGAAUGCUGGAAUGAAAUGGCUGUAAGUUUAAGAAGUGUGGCGAAGGACGUACUUGGUGAAACGAGGGGGAAAGGAAAGAUUGAUAGAGAUACAUGGUGGUGGAAUGAUGAUGUGCAAAUGACUCUGAAAGAAAAGAAGAAUGCUUUUAAAGAAUGGAAAAGUGUGGAAGUGGGUAAUGAUAGAGAAAAGGAAAACAAGAGGUCAGCUUAUUUAAUAAGUAAAAAGAAGGCCAAGAAAGCAGUCGCAAUAGCAAGGGCCAAGGUCCAAGAUAAGCUUUACAACCAUUUGGAAAGCCCACAAGGCCAAAAAGACCUUUAUAGAAUAGCAAGAGAGCGGGAGCGGAAUGCAAGAGAUAUCAAUCACAUGAAAUGUAUGAAAGAUGAAGCAGGAAAGAUUUUGACAGAUGACAAGAGCAUAAGAGAACGCUGGAAGAACUAUUUCAAUAAACUUAUGAAUGAAGAGAAUGACUGGACAGGCGUGCUAGAAAACGCUAGAAGUAACAUCGGUAUGGUGAAAGAGAUUACUGUAGAAGAAGUAAGGAUGGCAGUGCAAGGUAUGAAGAAUGGAAAAGCGGUUGGGCCAGACGAUAUACCUGUGGAAGUAAGGAUGAUUCUGAAAGCGGAUGGUUGGAAGUGGCUGACUUUAUUCUUCAAUAAGUUGUUGCAAGAAGAGGCGAUCCCUGAUGAAUGGUGUAACAGUGCUUUGGUGCCCAUUUUUAAGAAUAAGGGUGAUGUACAGGAUUGCAACAACUACCGGGGAAUAAAGCUCAUGUCACAUAGUAUGAAGAUAUGGGAAAGAGUGGUAGCGAGACGAAUAAGAGAAGAGAGUGAAAUAACACAGAACCAAUUUGGGUUUAUGCCGGGCCGGGGAACCACGGACGCCAUAUUUGCACUUCGCCAACUAUGCGAAAAAUACAGAAAAGCAAAAAAGAACUUGCACAUGGUGUUCGUGGAUCUGGAAAAGGCAUACGAUAGAGUUCCUCGUAAGGUUCUGUGGUGGUGUAUGAGAGAGAAGGGAGUGCCAGAGAAGUAUGUGCGGCUUGUUCAGGCGAUGUAUGAUAGAGCUAGUACUCACGUCAGGUCUGAAGCUGGAGUCACCGACAAGUUCAAUGUGGCGGUAGGUCUACACCAGGGGUCGGCUUUAAGUCCUUAUUUGUUCCUCCUGGUUAUGGAUGCUCUGACAUCGGACAUACAGGAGGAAGCACCCUGGUGUAUGCUGUUCGCCGAUGACAUUGUUCUUGUUGGGGAAAAUGCACUUGAGGUCCAGAGCAGACUGGGAAAAUGGCAAGAAAGACUGGAAAGUUAUAGUCCGGUACGCCCGUCUGUUACAGUUUGCUCAAGCUGCGGAGACUACGUGUAUGAGUACUGCUCAGUCCACGGGCGGCUGCUGGUCAUUCCCGACGAUGAGGUGCCGACCGGGCCGGGGUCGGGUCUGGUCCCGCGCGCCGCGCUCACUAUACCGAGCGCCUUCCUGCAUCUCGCGCCUUCUACAAUACCAGGUGCAGGUAUAGGAGUGUUCAGCACGCUGGCGCUGCCCGCAGGGCUUCGCUUCGGGCCUUACUGCGGACUGCGAACCCACGCCGUGAACUCGGCCUACUGCUGGCAGAUUUUCGACCGCUAUCGCAAGCCCUCGCACGUCCUAGACGCUCGUGACGAGAACAAGUCAAACUGGAUGCGUUACGUCAACUGCUCACGACACUACAGCGAGCAGAACCUCGUCGCCUUCCAGUACCGGGGCCAGCUGUACUACAGGACGAUAAAAGACAUCCCUCGCUCAACGGAGCUGCUGGUGUUCUACGGCAGCGAGUUUGCGAGCGAGCUCCAUGUGGAUCUUCGCCAGUACCACGCGCCCUUCACGCAGACACUAGUAAAAUGUGAAGUUGAAAACUGUGAAGAUACUAAAACACGAUAUGAAGAGAAGUUUGUCACUAAGACUGAGGAUAAUAAAGAAAAUGUAAUGCACACUGGAAACCACCUGGAACUUGUGCAGACACAUGAUUUGAAAGAGUGUGAAAAUGAUGUUCAAAAGCUGGAACUGCUGGAGGAACAAAUUUAUCCUGAGAGUAACGAAUCCUCGGAGAGUAAAAUAUUAAAAAUAUGUAAUUUGAUGCCUCGGGAGAUUCAGGAGCAUGUCAAUAUUAGUGUGAAUAUAAAUGAGAAUAUUAGUCAAAAUGGAAAUGAGAAUAUUAGUCAAAAUGAAAAUGAAAAUAUUAGUCUAAAUGAAAAUGAGAAUAUUAGUUGGAAUGAAAAUGAGAAAAUUAGUCGAAAUGAAAAUGAGAAUAUUAGUCGGAAUGAAAAUGAGAAUAUUAGUAGAAAUGAAAAUGAGAAUAUUAGUCGAAAUGAAAAUGAGAAUAUUAGUCAAAAUGAAAAUAGUGUAAAUGAAAUGGAAAAUGAUAACUAUAGUAAUAGUAGGCAAAUAUUUGAUGAAACCUCCACUUUGAAUAAAGCAACACCUAGUAAUGUUAAAAAAUUAGCAACAAAUAAAGUUAAAACAUAUGCAUGCCCAAUCUGUGAUGCCGCAUUUUCUACAAAAUGGGAAUUCGUAAACCAUGAUAUUAAAGUUCAUAAUUCAAAGAAAAAUUACAAAGCUUGUAACAUAUGUGAUUAUAAGACUGAAUGGAAUAGUCAUCUUAAGGCCCAUAUGGAAACCCACACCACAAUUAAGUAUAAAUGUGACGUAUGUGGCUAUGAAACUCCGUACAUCAGCUACUUAGAAAGACAUUCAAGAACUCAUAAAUCUACUUGUAAGAUCUGCAAAGAAAUGUUAGAUGGGCCCAAAAAGUUACGGGCACACAUGAAAGUACAUAAAAAGGAGAAAACGACUUGUGGGAACAUUUUUAAAGAUCCGUCUUGUGUAACAAAUCACAUGUGAGUACAUAAUCAAGAUAGGCCGUACAAAUGUGAGAUUUGUAGAUAUGGUUUUGUAAGGAAAGAUCAUUUGACACGCCACAUGAAAGUACAUGCGAAUAAAAAACCUGCUGAUGUUCAAACACAAACUUCUUAAGGAACAUACUAAGGCUGGUUUUAGUGUCCGGUGUCCGAACUAAUAUGUAUUAACAUCAGGGAGCGUUUUAGAGUAAAAGGGACAGGUCCGCCCGAACGACAACUCCGACGUCAUACAAAUUGGUCGCAAGGAAACUCUGCGCGGUCAGGCCACUUGACACUAAAGCCAGCCUAAAUAGCCGAGGCCACACAGCGCGAGGUAAUGGGCAUAAGUCCAAUAUAGACAUGCCCUGCCCGAGGCAGGUUGCUCGGCGGAAAUUGCCUUGCGGUGUGCCUCGCUCUGUGUGGACACAACUAAUGACAUACUUUUUGAGCAUGCUGACUAAAAGAUUGAAAUUAAUUUAAAAAUUAUUUAGUAUGACAAAUUACUAAUGAAUUUAAAAAUAUUUACAAAUGAGCCCAGAUGAAUUAGAAUAGAGACGAUUGAAUUCUGUUUUAUUUAAAGUUUAUUUUGAUUAUGAUGAUUUAUAUUGUUGAUUUUUUUAUGUGAUUAUGAAUUAUUAAUAAUUGUUUGUUGG